AUGGGACCCAACUACACCAAGGCUGCGCAGAUACUUGUGUGGUUGGGCCCGGCCGAGCUGGUGCUCGUGUUGGUGAGACCGGAAGAGCACGGCUCAGACGCUUUGAUGGAAGCGUGGCAGACGGAGUUUUGUUUCUGCGCCAACACCGUCUUCAUCUGUGGCACCAAGAGCGUCCAGGUCGUGCUUGUGAUGCUGGCCGUCCAGGUUCUGCAGUUCUCAGUCGCCCGUCUGAUGGAGACCGUUUAUGCCCGCGCCGGGGUGCCUUUCAAGCUCCUGAACGAGGUUGCCGAGGAACCCACGGCGCGUCUCUUCAGCUGUCGCCAGCGCCGCCGGAAGCUUGACCGCAGUGAGGAAGGCGCGCCAUGGGAGACCAACUCCACGCCCUCCUACGCAAACGCUACGUCGGCCGCAAUACCAACGCCAAACUACACCAACGUAGGCGAAGCUCACUCGGAAGUCCGCAUGCUCACCCGCGCGGCCCGCGCCAUGAUCACCAACCCCUCCACCGGCCGCAUCAACAUCCUCUGCUAUUCUCAGUCCCCAAGGCCCCAGACCUCGCCGAUGACCUCCCCUGCUGGGUCCCCGACUGGCGCGGCAACCUCCGCCCGUCCUUUUAUACCAUCCACGAAGCCGUCGACACCCACCUCUUCAUCGCCUGCGGCUCGGAAGCCAGCCAUCUCCAUCAUCGCCACCGGCGACGCCUGGGACGACACGUCCUGGGUCGCGGCGCGCUACCUGCGCUUCUUCGCCCAGGUCGACGCGCUCUUCGACCACAGCCUCGCUAUUACUAGUACCCACCCUUCGAAACGCCCACAAUUCUACCCCCCCAGGCCCCGACGGCGCGAAGCCCGCUGGCGCGUGCCCAUCGGCGAUCUUUUCUGGACGAGCGGCGGCGGGCGCAUGCGCCGUCACAGUGUAGCAGCAGCACCGCCGCCGGGGCCGGGCCGGGUGGUGGUGUUGGUUCGGAAACAGAAUCGGAAACGGAGGUGGCGUGACAUUGGGCGCAGUGCGUGAAGAAUGUGCGCUUUUUUUGAUGAGUGCGAGAAGUUGACUGACGUCGCGGAGCGGAAUGGGCCGUUUGAGGAGUGAGAUUGGGAGGUGAAGAGGCAGCGCCGUGAGUUGGGGAUGAGUAUAGGGAGAGUAUGAAGUACAUGACGGGGAAGAAACCGUUUUGUGCGGCCGAGGGGUAGUUGUGUAUGGGACCGGCGGGCGUGAAGGAGGGGGAUGUGGUGAUUGUGUUUUAUGGUGGAAGGAUUCCGGUUGUUUUGAGG